AUGAGAGAAACUGAAUACUACGAGGGCAACUUUCUCAUAGAACAUGGUGCGUUCAGAAGGAAGAAACCAAAUGGAGAAGCACUACUCAGAAUUCCAAGGAAAAAACAUGUGAGUGAUCGGCAAUUGAGAAAACUGAACCGGGGAGUUCGGAGAAGAAAAAAAGCGAAAUUGGGAAGAGGGCCUGAAGGUGGAGAGGAAAAGUCUCCAAAGCCUGUGGAAAGAGUUAUUUUUCCAGUAGAACCAGAGAAUAUGGUUCAUCAAAUGAAAGAAGAAUUUCAGGAUUCAGUAGUUUCCAGUUCAAGAAACCAGCGAUACAUCCCUUUCCCAAACUUGGAUUUGAGUUCACUUGAGGAAGAUUAUGCAUUUGCAGCUCUGACUGGAGAGGGGAGCAGUGCAAAUUCUGAGAGAGCAUCAAUCUCAGAGUGGCAAAACUCAGAAGACAAGAAAUGUAAAGAAAUGAAGUUGAAAACUGAGUCCCAGAGAAAGUCUGCAUAUGUAAGGAGGGAAUUUCAUAGCAGAAAAAUAAAGCAAACCAGGGGAAAAGCUUGUUUGCAAAAAACAGAAGGCAGAAUUAGAGUGCUCGAAGACUUGAAGAGAGCAAGAACGAAGGUGAAGCAGAAGACAGCAAAGGUGCAAGUGGCAGAAGGAGCAACCAUCUUUGACAGCUUUGCAGUGGUAAAGAGUUCAUUUAACCCACAACAGGACUUCAGAGACUCAAUGGUUCAGAUGAUCAGAGCAAAACGAAUUAGACAGCCUGAAGAGCUCCAGGAACUCUUGGCUUGUUAUCUGACACUGAAUCAUGAUGGACACCAUGAACUCAUCAUCAAGGUCUUCCAGGAGGUUUGGUUUGACUUCAACGGCUGUGUAUAUUGA